AUGAGUACACAGACUAAAUUAGAUAAAAAUAGGUUAUAUGUUUAUGAUUUAGAUGAGAAAAUCUUGAAUUCUUUGAAAUUAGUGGCUUUUGAUGGAUUACUAAAUGAGGCAGAACUUCCUAAAUCAAUAGAGGAUCUCACGACAUCAUCAACUAUAUCUGAAAAAGAUUUACAACAAUUGAAAAAUAAGCAAGUCUCUACAAGUCUAAACUGUUCAGCUUGCCAAGUAUCAUUUGAAAAAUUGGAUGAUGAAAGAACCCAUUUUAAAUCCGAUUUUCAUACCUAUAAUCUAAAAAAAACUCUAAAGGGAUCAUUACCCAUUUCCUUAGAAAAUUUUCAUGUAAUUACUGAAAAGAAAAAUAAUCAAUCAGCACACGAGGACGAUUCUUCUAGUUCUGAUGAAGAUAAUUCGAUUGAAGAUGAUGUUGAUAUAGUCACAAAAAAUAAUACUAUUACUAAUACACCCAAUUUAGAAACAGAUUCAGACGAUGAAUUUGGCAGUCAACCCUUUACACAUAAUUAUAAUUCAGAAACUGAUGUGCCAAUUAGUCACUUAAAUACAAGAUCUGCAGAAAUUUAUUUUAAAUCCAACCAGAUAUCAGACGGCCAAUAUUUUGGCAUUUAUAAAAAUUUAUUUUCAAAACAAUCCCUUUUGAAACCUAUGCAAGAACUUAUUGACUGGAAUACUUCCAUUGAUCAGACAACCUCAAUUUCUGCAUUGUUUAUGGUAGGAGGUGGCCAUUUUGCAGGUGCAAUUGCAUCUCAUCAAAGGGCUAACAUUAAAGGUAAUAUUAGAAAGCAUGACAUUUCAUUACAAGAACAGGCUGUAAGAUUUAUUGAACACAAAACCUUUCAUAGAUAUACAACGAGAAGAAAGCAAGGUGGCUCCCAAUCUGCUAUGGAUAAUGCUAAGGGUAAAGCAAACUCUGCGGGUUCUACUUUACGUAGAUAUAAUGAAGCUGCUUUAAAGGCAGAUAUAUCUAACCUAUUAGUGGAAUGGAAGCCUUAUUUAGAAAAGUGUGAUAAUAUUUUUAUCAGAGCUCGUAGUUCUCAGGAUAGAAGAAUCUUUACAGAAAGUGGUUUUUUUCAGAAAGAUGAUGACAGAUUAAAAUCGUUCCCUUUCACUACUUCCAGACCUACUGUGGGUGAACUUAAAAGAGCUUGGUGCGAACUAACUUAUUUAAAGAUUUUAAAUAAGCCAAAGCCAAUUGAAGUUAGAGAAAAUACUGAUUUAUUGAAAAAAUCUACUCAACAAAAUAAACCAAAAAAAGAGACAAAAGAAACUCUUGACCCUGGGUGCGAGCAUACUGUAAAUUUAAUAAAUUUGGUAAAAAAGGCAAGGGCCCCUUUAUUAAUAUCGUACAUGAAAAAAAAUAAAAUUGAUAUUAAUUUUAUAUUAAAACCAGAGUCAUUAUAUGCUAAUACUCCAACCAUGCUACACUAUGCUUCUCAAAAUAAUAUCAAACAAAUGGUUAACAUAUUAUUAUCAAAUAUGAAAGCUGAUCCCUGCAUUAAAAAUUUGAGCGGGAAGCCUCCUUAUGAUUUAACUAAAUCAAUUACUACCCAAAGGGCUUUCCAAAUUGCAAGAUAUAAUUUAGGUGAAGACUAUACCAGCUGGGAAGAAUCUCAUAUUGGAGAACCUUUGUCUCGUGAAGCUGUUGAGGAAUUAGUUAAAAAAGAAGAAAAAGAAAAAGAUGCUGAGGUAACAUCUGCCAUUGAAGAAGAACUUAAAUCUUUAAAGAAACAGAGGGAGCACGAGUUAGAAUCCAAAAGAGGUAAAGGUAAUACUUUAGGAAUUGCUACAAUUACUCAGGAACAAAACCUAAACUCCUUAUCUGAAGAUCAAAGAAGAAAGACUAAUGAGAGAACAAAGAGCCAGAGCCGCUGA